UGAAAGAGAUCUGUAAACUUUACAUUUUCGGUGUGACUUUCGAGCAUGAAUGUUUCUGUCUGAUUGGGGGCGCAUGACACCGUGUUUCAGAAGCUUUCCCUUUUCCACGUGCUCUCCAUGAAAAAUAAUAUAGGCUGUAGUGUGCUGAGGGCGGACCAAUCAGCGCUGAGCAGGGCGGAGCGGCUGGGAUGCCGAAUUCAACUUCAAAUUCAGCUCUGUACAAAUUAGCUACUAUUCCUGAGGAGAGAAACUCGAACGGCGCAUUCAAAGCCUUUUAAAGAAUUGUUGAUUUUACUAGCAUCCGACUAAACUUUGAAUUUCUUGACAGGAGCCUUAUUGCAAGUUUGUAUCUUCGGUCCGGGCAGCAGGUGUUCAGUGACCGCCACAGAGCUCAGUUCUCUUCGCUUGAUGCAUUCAUUCACCCAAACCAUACCGCCAGAGCGUUAGAUGAGGAGUUUAAGCUUCCAAAGUUACGAAUUACAUCGAUUCAGUGCGUACCCGAACUUUAAGCAGUAACUGCUGGAAAGAUGUACCAAGUGAUGAUGAAGGUGUUUAUUCGUUUACGAGGAAUUUGUACUGGACGUUCUUGACCUAUGUGAUUCUUUUUGCGUCCUGCAUGGUUAACCUGUUGGAUACAUAAAGUAUUCUGGGUAACAUUACACUUAACCAGAUUAAACAGGCAAUAUUUCCAGCGGUCUGUUCCAAAUGGAUAAAGGCACAUCUAAUGAGCACCGAUAUGGAUUGUAAGGGAUUCUUCAAGAGUCGCUGAAUGCCGUGAAAAUGCUCGAAAUGAUCGGGUAGAUAAUCCGAACUGCGAAUACGUCAAAACAACGUGGGUUUACAGGAGAUAUUGGCGCUCUAAGCGGAUAAAUUAAAUCCGGUACACUCAAACGUAUUAAUACUUAACUGGAAUCAAUACUGAAACAUCAUGAGCCGUCUCGGGACACAGAAGAGCGGCUCGCGCUUAGCGAAGGGAUGUUCGUUGUUUUUGGAGCAGUGUACGGAGACUUGGUCUUUUUGGUUUGAAGGUGUCGUUUUAUUCAGUGCUGAAUACGCGGGUGAGGGCUUUCAGAAAGCCAUGAGCCAUGAAAGUAAAGCGACCGGGAAAGUCGCGGACUCAGAGCUGAACUCUCCGGCGUGUGGGAUGAAUGAGAAUCGCCUCGUAAAUGCGGUGAAGCGAAGCGCGCACUUUCCUCUUUUCUCACAAACCUCCACAUCUGCCGAGGUUACAGAUUACAGCUUCUCCGGGGGUCAGAGCCCUCUUACCAAGGGCAAGGUUAAAGGGAUUAUUGACCGCCAAGGAAAUACAAGGAAGGUGAUGACGGGGAAAGCGAGGUGCGGGAUGUGGGGUUGGAUUUUUGCCCUUGUGUUCCUCUGGAAUACCCACAUGUUGCGCGCUCAAGACACCGCUCCGUACUUUAAAACUGAGGCAGGGGGUGCUCAAACACACCUGGAGGGGAACAGACUUGUGCUCACCUGUCUGGCUGAGGGCAGCUGGCCGCUGGAGUUCAAAUGGAUGAGAAACAACACAGACAUCACUGAAUACACACCAGAGUACAGGUACACGAUCACGUCGUUAAACCGUGAGGACGCGGGUGUGUAUCAGUGCGCGGUGAGGAACAGGAUGGGAGCGCUGAUCCAGACGAGAGCUGAUGUUCGCGUGGCUUACAUGGAUAACUUUGCUGAACUGGAACAGAGGAAAACAGUCUCUCAGGGAAGAGCCGCUGUCCUGAAUCCCCCUGCUGUGAGCAGUUACCCUCGCCCUCAGGUCACAUGGUUCAGAGACGGCUUCAAGAUCAUUCCUAACCAUCGGGUAGCAAUAACAUUGGACAAUCAGCUCGUGGUGUUGGCUACGGCAGCAGCAGACGCAGGACGGUAUUACGUACAGGCUGUUAAUGAACGCAAUGGAGAAAACAAAACCAGUCCUUCCAUUUACCUGAGUAUAGCAAUAAACAAGAGGAAUCGUGGUUCCCUUGAUGUUAUUGCCCCCGCUGAAUUGGUUGCCCCGGUGAUAGUGAUUGCACCUAAGAACACAUCAGUGGUUGCUGGGGCGAGUGAGGCUACUCUUGAGUGCGUCGCUAAUGCGAGAUCUCUUGACAGGCUGCAGGUGUUCUGGAAGCGUAAUGGGGUGAGACUAACAGCAGGAGUGGACUCGUUCGGGCGCAGGCUGGUCAUCAGUAACCCCACCUCAGCGGACGUGGGUCUGUACGUGUGUGAGGCCGCGCUCAGAAACAGCAGUCAGAAGAGCACAGAGGCCAAAGCGUACCUCUCCGUGCUGGAGUCCCCUUACUUCACAUCAAAACCAAAGAGGACGGUGAUAACGGAAGUUGAGAAAACUGUGGAGCUUCAGUGUCAGGCCAAAGGGAUUCCCACUCCGAAGAUGGAGUGGUUAAAAAAUGCCGUCCCCCUCUCCACACUGAACAACCCUCGAUACAAGCUUAGCUCUUCCUCAAUGGUUCUGCAAGUACGGAGAAUUCAGCUGGAUGAUGCCGGAAUAUUCCAGUGCUUCGCUGAAAACACGGCCGGAGAAAUCCAGGCACAUACCAACUUGGUCGUCACAAGCGUGUCACCAUCUUUCACCACGCCCCCUUCUGACAUCACUGUGACUGACGGUACGUCAGCUGUCUUCACCUGUGAGACAUCCGGUGCCCCCAAACCUGCCAUUGUUUGGAAGAAAGGUUCUCAGGUGUUAGCAAGCGGAUCGGUGCAGAUGCCUCGUUUCACUCUGCUGGAGUCUGGAGGCUUACAGAUACUUCCCAUAAUGCCGAGCGACGCAGGGAACUACACGUGUUUGGCUUCUAACUCUGAGGGACUGGUCAACGCCACCGUGGCCCUGACAGUCUUGAGUCGAACCUUCAUUUCAACACCCCCUGAGGAUCAGCGUGUCAUUAAGGGAACUACCGCUGUGCUGAACUGCAUGGCAACCCACGACCCCAGAGUCACCGUCAGAUAUGCAUGGAAUAAAGGAACCAAGCCGCUGAGCGUGUCGACUGGUGGGCGAGUGUCAAUGAAGGAAGGUUCACUCCACAUCAGCCAGACGUGGUCUGGAGACAUCGGAGAUUACACCUGCAGGGUCAUCUCACCGGCUGGAAAUGACUCGAAGACCGCACGACUGGAAGUCAUAGAACUUCCCCAUUCUCCACGUAACCUGCAGGUGUCUCUGAAUGAGACUGACAGCAGGACAGUUCUUCUGUCAUGGGUUCGGCCCUUUGAUGGAAACAGCCCUCUCCUUCAUUACAUCAUUGAGCUCUCUGAGAACAAUUCUCCAUGGAAAGUCUACAUGGCUGAUGUUAGCCCUACACUAACUAGCUUGCUAGUAAUUGGUCUAACGCCAGCAAGAACGUACCAGUUCAGAGUGUGUGCUGUCAAUCAGGUGGGACGUGGCCAGUACAGCGCUGAGACAAACAGGCUGAUGCUGCGAGAGGAACCGCCCAGUGCGCCUCCAAAAAACAUUGUGGCUAGUGGCCGUACAAACCAGAGCAUCAUGGUCCAGUGGCAGCCGCCCCCAGAACCGCAGCUCAAUGGAGUCCUGAAAGGAUAUGUGCUCAGGUAUAGAUUGGCGGGUCUGCCUGGUGAGUUUCAGCUGAAGAACAUCACCAGUGCAGAGAUUAAUUACUGUCUGAUUGGAGAGCUCAUCAUCUGGACGCAGUAUGAGAUCCAAGUGGCUGCCUACACUGGAGCAGGCCUGGGGGUGUACAGCCAGUCUGUCACUGAAUACACACUGCAAGGAGUCCCCACAGCGCCCCCACAAGACGUGGAUGCCGUUGCGCUCAACUCCACUACCAUCAAAUUCACCUGGACACCCCCACCACAGCAGUUCAUCAACGGCAUCAACCAGGGAUACAAGCUGCUGGUGUGGCCCGAACACUGUCCGGAAUGCAUUACCAUGGUGACCAUUGCCCCUGAGUUCCAUGGGUCACGUCACUAUGGUUACGUUAGCAAUUUAAGAAAGUUCACGUGGUAUGAGACAGCGGUGCUGUGCUUUACCACGCCUGGCGAUGGGCCAGCUAGCACACCACAGCUCAUCCAGACACAUGCUGACAAGCCAGGACCCGUGACUCAAAUGAGCUUCACUGAGAUCUUGGACACAUCUCUGAGGAUCAGCUGGCAGGAACCGGAAGACAAGAAUGGCAUUAUCACAGGUUACAUCUUGUGUUGGGAGGAGGCCGGUCAGAAUGAAACCCGUGUAUCUCAGACUCUGUCCAACUCCACGCUGGCGUAUAAAGUGACCGGACUCACUUCACUCACCACGUACACUCUGCAGGUGGCUGCGGUGACACAGGCCGGCACCGGUACUGCCACCUCAUCGACCAUCUCAACAGGACUGCCGCCAGAGCUACCUGGUGCUCCCUCCAAUCUGGUCAUCUCUAACAUCAGUCCUCGCUCCGCCACCAUAACGUUCCGCCCCGGCAGUGACGGCAAAACUGCCAUCUCCAAAUGGAUCGUAGAAGGACAGGUGGGGACUGUGGGUGAGGAAGAGGAAUGGAAGGUUCUGUAUGAGAUAGACAGUCCGCCAGCCUCAGACACUCUGGAGAUUCCCAAUCUCAUCCCCUUCACUCAAUACAGGUUCAGGAUGAAGCAGGUGAACAUUGUGGGUUCGAGUCCCUUCAGUCAGCCCUCUCGUAUGAUGCAGACCCUGCAGUCUAGUCCAGAUGUGGCCCCGGCAGAUCUCAUAGUAUUUUCUGCAAGUGAAACCAGCCUGAGGAUUCGCUGGGAGCCGCUUCCAGAGCCAGCUUAUAACGGAAAUCCUGAAAGUGUGGGUUACCGUGUACGUGCACAGAGAGCAGACGGGCUUGGGCAGCCCCGAAUGGAGACGGUUUCUGACCGCCUGUCUCGAGAGGUGACAGUGGAGGGCCUUGAGGAAUGGACAGAGUACGAGCUGAGCGUUCAGGCCUUCAACGGCAUCGGGCCUGGACCCUGGAGCAGUCCUGUGCUGGGCAAAACUAAAGAGUCAGUUCCCUCUGGUGCCCCAGAAAAUGUGACCACAGAAGCAAUGAGCUCCACGAGUGUAUUGGUCACCUGGGGUUCAGUCCCUGAGCACCAGAAGAAUGGACACAUCCUUGGUUACAAGGUAUCAUACAGAGAAAAAGAUUCUGAGCGGGCUCCCCAGGUCCAGCUGGUGAACGGGAACCAGACUCACUUGCUUCUUUUAAGGAACCUUGGCAAGUUCAUCCUGUAUGAGGUCCAGGUGCUUGCAUUUACACGUGUCGGAGAUGGACCACCCAGCCUCCCCCCCACAGUUGAGAGAACCAAGGAUGAUGUUCCUGGUCCGCCUGUCAGGUUGGUGUUUCCAGAAGUGCGUCUCACGUCUGUCAGGGUUGUCUGGCAACCUCCCUCUGAGCCAAACGGUAUCAUUAUGGGGUAUCAGAUUUCUUACCGUCUGGAUAUCAAUGACCCCAACAAGUUCACCACGGUUGAGGUAGGGUCAAACGCACGUCAGUUCACGGUGACGGGACUGAUCCCAGAGUCGGCGUACGUGUUCCAAAUCACAGCGCGCACUCAACAGGGCUGGGGACCCCCGGAGGAGGCCGUCGUCAUAACGACAGAAAAAAGAGAGCGUCCACAGCCCCCUCGUCGACUCACGGUGCCUCAGAAAGGGGUGGAGUCUCAUAAGCUUCGACUUCAUUGGACGGCGGGGGGAGACGGCUCUUCCCCAGUGCGCUACUUCACCCUGCAGACAUUAGAGCUGCCGGACGGCGAGUGGAAGACCCACACAUCCUCCAUCGGUCAUAAUAACACCUCCUGGGAGGUGGAUAGGCUGAAGCCAUACACCUCUUACAAAUUUAAAAUGAUGGCCACAAAUGAUGUGGGAGACAGCGCCUUCAGCAAAGAAACGGAGCCAGUUACUACUCUGCAGGAUGUGCCAGAUGAAUCGCCCGUCAUUUUGAACGUCAAACCUUCAACCACAACAUCUGUGAUCGUCCAGUGGCAGCCGCCUGCAGAGGGAACUGUCAAUGGGAUUCUUGUGGGAUAUCGUGUGUAUUACCAUGAACUUCCACGUGAGAACAACCCAGACGAGCAACCAACAGCAACCAACCAAUCAACAAUCAGUCCUGAGUUCAGAGCUAAGAGCACUUUUAAGACAGUGAGCAGCCCUUCAUUAACAGAAUUUGAAUUAACGCAGCUCAGCAAGUACAGACGAUACACGAUUGUCAUGACAGCAUUUAAUGUUGUUGGAGAAAGCCCUUCAAGUGCCCCUGUAGAGGUGUUUGUGGGAGAAGCAGCUCCUUCAGUGGCUCCUCAUAAUAUUCAGGUGAAAUCCGUGUCCUCCAGUCAGCUGGACGUAGAGUGGCAGCCUCCACCCGUCGAGACACAAAACGGAAAUAUUCAGGGAUACAAGAUCCAUUACUGGGAAAAGGACAGACAGAAUGAGACGGAGAAGGAACUAGUUUUGUUUGUUCCAGAUACAUCCGUGCACCUGAAGAACCUGACAUCCUACACCACUUACCAUGUGCAACUGUCUGCAUUUAACACGGCGGGGGACGGGCCGCUCAGUGCAGCCCGUAAAGGACGCACCCUGCAGGCUGCUCCUGGAGCACCCAGUCGUGUGGUGUUUUCGGAGGUGACGGGAAGCUCAGUGAAUGUGUCAUGGGGAGUUCCUCUGCAGCCCAAUGGAGUGGUGGAAGGCUACAGAGUGGUCUAUGAGCCCACCGCACCAGUCCAUGGUGUCAGUAAGACAGUUACAGUGGAUAUCAAGGGGAACUGGCAGCGCUGGCUGAAGGUUCGUGACCUGAUGAGGGGCGUGACAUAUCGCUUCAAAGUUCAGGCCAGAACCAUUGGUUACGGACCCGAACUAGAAGCCAAUAUCACCGCAGGACCAGUGGAAGGCUCCCCCGGUUCGCCCUUGCAGACUUCAGUCACAAAGUCUGCAUCAGCUUUGACGCUUCAUUGGUCACAGGGUGUAGAAGGGGCGGGACCGGUCACGGGAUAUGUCAUUGAGGCUCGUCCAUCAGAUGAAGGAUUAUGGGAUACAUUUGUCAAGCAUCUCCCACCUGGAAGCUUCUCGUACACCAUCAGUCUGGACCGCCUUCGUUCAGGUGUGGCCUAUGAAUUCCGUGUCAUCGCUGUCAAUCGCUUCGGCUACGGCGACCCCAGUCCACCUUCCACUGCCAUGUCUGCUCUGUCUGAAACACCUUUCUAUGAGGAGUGGUGGUUCCUGAUCGUCAUGGCGUUGAUCAGUCUCAUUCUCAUUCUGAUGGUUGUGUUUGGUUUGCUCAUGCUCGGACAGAACAAGAAGUACAGGAGCUGUGGAACAGGAAAGCACAUCACUACAGUAGAAGAGUCUGUAACCCUUGACAAUGGCGGCUUCACGGCCCUAGAGCUGAACAGCAGACAUUUGAAUGCGAAGAGCUCUUUCCUAAAGAAGAAUGGAACAAGGUCUCCUCCACGGCCCAGUCCAGGUGGGCUGCACUAUUCUGAUGAAGACAUCUGCAACAACUACAAUGGGGCUGUUUUAACAGAGAGCACCACACUCACAGAGAAACCCACUGAGCUGUCUGAGUCAGAGGUGAGCGACAGCGACUACGAAGACGAGCAGCCCAAGCACUCCUUUGUAAAUCACUACAUGAGCGACCCCACCUAUUACAACUCGUGGAAGCGGCAGCCCAAAGGCGUGAAGACCGGAGGAGGAUUCGAGGAAUGUGCUAUGACGGAUGCAGAGGGGGGGUAUUAUCAGACUGUGGUGACCCAGCACAGCGUAGGGGGCGUCUACACCCCCACAGGGCAGCCCGCACCAGGAACACGCACUCCAGUUACCGGCUUCUCCUCGUUUGUCUAAUGAACCAAUGACUUGAAACAAACAGGGGAGCUGAUGACAGGAAGAUGAACCCUUAAACAGGACAAAUCAAACUGUCGGAGUAAUGACAAAGAAUGCUUUUUCAUGAAAAAAUGAACAAGUCUCUCAUUUCCCCUGAAGCGUGUAUUUUUGGCCUCUUCUCUUCAAGGAAGGGAGGGGUAUUGAAGUAUCUUAUUGUUAACGUGUUAAUGAUUUUCGGGUGGAUUUUCGCAGAUUAACCAUGACCCAGAAGAAGCGGAGACUUUGCACUGUGAGACUCUUUAGCAAGAGGUGGUAUUAAUUUUAAAGACUCAAAGACCCUCAAAGACGGAUAAAGGAAAUUCCUUUGUUAUGAAUUCCCUAUUCCAUAGCAACCUUCCGGGAUUAAUCAUAAUGUGUGGGCAAACACACGCCUGAGUGAUUCAUUGAAUUUCACUCAGAUCUCCAAAACUCUAAUUGAAGUUGAAACAUCACCGGAAACUUGUACAGUGAGUGGUAGACUGGAACAAAAAUGUGUUUUGUGUGUGCUUUAUUUUCGUGUCGGGGACGGGCGGCUUCAUUCUGGACUAAAAGCAGCACUGAAAAUACUGCCUUUGCACACGUAUUGCUCUCUCUUAAACCAAAAGGGUGAUGCUUUAAGCGGGAAAAGAAAGAAAAUGUGUGCUCACAACAGACCGUUUUCUUAGGUUAGCAAUACUGUAUGUAAAAUAUGCUGUAUGUGUGUAUAUUUUUAGGAUCAAUUUUGUACAAAAACGAAACGUUUUUACUGUAGAGUAGAUUUGUGCCAAGUCGAUGUAGUUCUUUAGUGAUACCCACGGCGGAUCAUUUCAGCAAGUCACAAUCCACACUGUUUGUUUGACUGGCUUGCAGUGUAUGUACAAUUCAGUCACCCAGAGAUAUGAUAAGAAAUGUGUGACUUCGUCCCUCUAAUCCAAAUAUACACAGAUUUUUGAUCUCAUUUAAUGUUGAACAAAUAUUUUUUUUCAGUAUGAAAGAAUAUUAGUGCUAAAUGAAAUACAGUACACGUGAUGGUGAGACGGGUGUGUGCAGGUUUUGUUGGUUGGUGUACAUCGAUGGUUAAAGAUCUAGGCUGGUAACCAAAAGGUUAUAAUCAGUGUUGGGGAAAGAUACUUUUAAAAGUAAUGCAUUACAAUAUUGCGUUACUCCCUAAAAAAGUAACUAAUUGCAUUACUUAGUUACUUUUUAUGGAAAGUAAUGCAUUACGUUACUUUUGCGUUACUUUUUCUCAUCUGGGCUGGGCUGUUUGUUUGUUUUUAUAACAACAAAAAAGUUCUAUUUUUGGCAAAUGUAAAGGCAAUUUCACACCAAAAGUGAAAUGAAUAAGCCUCAGGCUGAAGGAAAUGCAAAUUCACGCCUGUACAGUAGAGGGCGCAACUCAAAUAAGCCCUUUCAGCUGUGCUGCCAUCGUGGAAUACAGAAGAAUAAGACACAGGAAAAGAAGUAAAUAAGUUUACACAUUUACACAGCACACACAACGCCUCUGCACUUACUCCUGAUUUCUCUCAACAUGAGGACAGGAGAGCUGUCAGUCAAUGGGAAAACAAAGUAACUUGCAUUACUAAUUUGAAAAAGUAACUCAGAUAUAUGGCUGUAAAUUUGCGUAAAGUAAUGCGUUACUUUACUAGUUACUUGAAAAAGUAAUCUGAUUACGUAACUCAUGUUACUUGUAAUGCGUUACCCCCAACACUGGUUAUAAUGGUAUAAUGAUGCAUUCAAGUCCUGCUAAGACCAUAAUUAGGAGUGUGGAAAUCAUAACUAUGUCAUGAUGUGUGUUCAAGUCAUUUUGGACAGAAUAAAAUAUGCUGUUGUAAACAAUAAUUGUGGCAUAUAAAAUUGAAAUUAUCAGAUUAAAAAGUCAAAAUUAUGACAGUAAUAAUUAUGAGAUAGUCAAAAUUAUGACAGCUAAAAUUAUGAGAUGAAAACAACUGACAUAAAAAGCUGAAAUAGAGAUAAAAAGUCAUUAUGACAUCAAAAUUUGAAACAAUUGACAAGUCAAAAUUAUGAGAUAAAAAGUCAGUAUGCAUUUGAACUGAAAAAAGGUGCAACACUCACUCUUACAGUGCUCUAACUUUAUUAAUUAAAAAAUUAUGUUUCUGCCAUUUAAGGCCUUCAUCAGAUCUUAGAGCGCUGUAAGAGUGAGUGUUGCACCUUUUUUCAGUUCAUAUGCAUAUUGAUUUUUUGGGUUGCACCUCCUCUUCUGUUGGUAGAGCACCUCAUUUAUAAAAAGUCAGUAUGGCAUAAAAUGUUGAAAUGAUGAGAUAAAAAGUCAUAAUUAUGAUUUCGAAUUCCGACUUUUUACCAGUGGAGCUUGAGCGCAACAUAUGGCCUGAAACAUACUCUACGCAAGUAUAUAUACAAGUUUCCAGUUACGCAGUAUCGAUUUCACACGUUGCGUUCAGAACACAGUUUUGUAAAGUAUUGCUGUGAAAAGGUACUACAUUUGAAUUUGAAUUUACUUCACGACCGUUAUAAACAUUGUAUGAAUAUGGGUAGUAUGAAUGAAAUUCAGAAAUACUACAUCCGCCAUGUUGUUACUGUCACGUGGCCUACCAGCGUCAGUUGCGUCGCUUCACUUCCAUUCAUAAAUUCUCUCCCGUGGCCUCAUGGGAUAGCAAAGUGUCCAUCGAAUGCUCACUUUAGAAUCUAGGAAGUAGAUCAUCGCCUACUGAUUUUCAAAUACUAUGUAUUUAGACAUACUACUCUUUUGGCGUAGGCCUACUGUUUUUUACAUACUAUAUACUAGGGAAGAAUUCGAUUUCGAAUGCAGCGUAUGUGUUUUUUAGGUCAACUACUGUCAUGGCGGAGCAACAGUUUUGCUGACUAAGUUUGUUCAACUUUCAGCGUCUUUAUAGCUAGAGACAUGAAUGAAAACAUUUGGGUUAAUGGCAAAAAUAUUUAAAAGCAGCAUGAAACAGAAGUUCCAGGAAUUGAUUGGAUUGUUGCCAUUUGCUAUUGCUGUGAUGUCAUGUGAGUGACAGGUUGUCCCUGCCCUCGUGCCAGUAAACACAUCAUCAGAGAAGAGAAGAGAUGUCGCUUUAAAAGGGAGAAGUUAUUUUGAUCAAAUAUUACGACGACACAUUAAUUUAAAUAAUAUUAAUGUGUACAAAUAAAUCAUUUACAGUAAAUACUGGAAUAUUCCAUUAAAAAAAAAAAAAAACAUCAAUUUUGAUUUCAGGGAGUAACGGUGCCCCCUUCAUUACUGAGACUGUAACUGCAUAAACAUCUGCGGGCUUGUGUAGAGUAUGUUUCAGUGCCUGAAGAGUCUAAUUCUAUUCUAUGCAUUAAUUGUCAUUUAAAACAGAGAAAAAGACAAGGACAGACUUGUGUGUUGAACAUCCAGAUGGGAAAUACUUAACGUUACAUCCAAAGACAGAAAGAGCUAUGCAAAGUGUUAUUGAUUGGAAUGAGUCACAGAGAAUAAUAUGCACUUCAAAGCAGGUUGUUAACACUUUGAAUUGCUUUUAGAAGUUGUUACUGGAAUGUUAUGCCUCCUACAGCUGUAUUACCCACAAUGCACCAAAAUUAAAGCGAGUAAUUGUGUCUUGAAAUGGUCAAAAUCUGAAGUGUGUGAUUUAACACACUCAAAAGUAAAGAAAAAAAGUAUUACAUUGGCCUUUGAAACAUUUGUUAUUAAUUUCAUGUCAUCAUCAUUUCUAGAGCUUUUAAAUUUUGCACAGGAAUGUACCACUCACAUUCAACUAAAAAUCCCAAAAUACUGUAGGCCACAUUAAGCCACACAUGCUCUGCAAAUGUGACUCAUAUUUAUUUUAAACAAAUGACAUGAGUAAUAUUGUGUUGAUAUUCUUGCUGCCAUUAUCCUCCUGGCAGGUCUUUUUAUUUAUAACAUAUUGGUGACUAAAUGCCAAAAAGAUGUGUGCUGUAUGUACAUGAUGCAGACUGCAGAAAUGUCAUGUCCUGUACUCUUAUGACACAUUCACUGAUGAGAUACGCAGUGGCCCCAAACAUAUUUGGACACUUAAUAAUGUGUGUUUGUUUUGUAUUAGAUUACAAAACGGUGAAAAAAGUGGCAUCUGCAAACAAAUGACACUAGAUUUUUCAGAAUUUGCAUUGACAUUAAUACAUUUUUAAGUGUGGCUUAAGUGUCCAAAUGUUUUUGUUUUGUUUUUUGGCUUACUGUAAGAACACUGUAUCACUGUAAUUUCCUGAUAUUGAGACUUCAUCAUUGUAAUGCACUUGUUUUGAAUACUAUGAUUAAAUGGAUGAGAUACACAUUUUACAGAAAA